AUGGAAGAAAUGGAAGAGGAGCUCAAAUGUCCGGUGUGCGGCUCUUUUUUCCGAGAGCCCAUCAUCUUGCCCUGCUCUCACAACCUGUGCCUGGCUUGCGCUCGCAACAUCCUGGUCCAGACGCCCGAAGCCGAGUCCCCUCAGAGCCGUGCCUCGGGAUCCGACUAUGACUACCUGGACCUGGACAAGAUGAGCCUGUACAGCGAGGCCGACAGUGGCUACGGCUCGUACGCCGGCUUCGCGAGCGCGCCGACCACUCCUUGCCAGAGGUCACCGAACGGUGUGAGGGUCUUCCCGCCGUCACCGGCCGUGCCUCCCCGCAACUCGUGCAUCACCUGCCCGCAGUGCCACCGCAGCCUGAUCCUGGACGAGCGGGGCCUCCGCGGCUUUCCCAAGAACCGCGUCCUUGAGGGCAUCAUUGACCGUUACCAGCAAAGCAGGGCCGUGGCCCUCAAGUGCCAGUUGUGCGAGAAGGCGCCGAAGGAAGCCACCGUCAUGUGCGAGCAGUGCGAUGUCUUCUACUGCGAGGCUUGUCGCCUGAGGUGCCAUCCUCCCCGCGGGCCGCUGGUCAAGCAUCGCCUGGUGCCGCCGGCACAAGGCAGGAUCUGCAGGAGGCUGAGCCCGCGCAAGAUCUCCACCUGCACCGACCAUGAGCUGGAGAACCACAGCAUGUACUGUGUCAACUGCAAGGCGCCCGUCUGUUACCAGUGUCUGGAAGAGGGCAAGCAUGAUAGUCAUGAAAUGAAGGCGCUCGGGGCAAUGUGGAAACUUCAUAAGAAUCAGCUCUCUCAAGCAUUGAAUGGAUUGUCAGAAAAGGCAAAGGAGGCCAAAGAAUUCUUGGCACUGCUGAGGAGCAUGGUGCAACAAAUUCAGGAAAACAGUGUCGAGUUUGAAGCUUGUCUUGUUGCUCAAUGCGAUGCUCUCAUUGAAGCUCUGAACAGAAGGAAGUGUCAGUUGCUUUCACGAGUAACCAAAGAACAUGAACACAAACUCAAGGUGGUCAGAGAUCAAAUCAGCCAUUGUACAGUCAAGCUGCGCCAAACAACUGGCCUGAUGGAAUACUGUCUGGAAGUGAUUAAAGAGAAUGACCCCAGUGGCUUUUUACAGAUUUCAGAUGCUUUAAUAAAGCGUGUACUCUUUAUCGAUGAACAAUGGGGAAAAGGCAUACUCCAACCUCGGCUGAAUACUGACUUUGAUUUAACCCUGGACAAUGCACCACUCUUGCAAACUAUCUUACAGCUGGACUUUGUGCAGAUGAAAGUUUCCCCUCCAGUGCCAUCAGCCCCAAUCUUGCAGCUGGAGGAAUGUUGUACUCGCAGCAACAGUGCGACACUGUCCUGGAAACAGCCACCAUUUUCAUUAGUUCAAGUAGAGGGCUACAUUCUAGAACUGGAUGAUGGAAACGGGGGCCAAUUUAGAGAGGUCUAUGUAGGAAAAGAAACGAUGUGCACUGUUGAUGGCCUACAUUUCAACAGCACAUACAGUUCCAGAGUGAAAGCUUUCAACAAAGCAGGAGUUGGUCCAUACAGCAAGACACUGGUACUGCAGACUUCAGAGGAUAUCAGCUGUCCAUACAAUCAGUUUGCCUGGUUUACUUUUGAUUCAGGUUCAGCUCACCCUGACAUUCUGUUCUCUAAUGACAACCUCACUGUUACCUGCAACAGCUAUGAUGACAGGGUAGUACUAGGAAACACCGGAUUUUCCAGAGGUAUCCAUUAUUGGGAGCUGAAUAUUGAUCGCUACGACAACCAUCCUGACCCUGCUUUUGGUGUGGCUCGUUUAGAUGUCUUGAAAGAUGUCAUGUUAGGAAAGGAUGAUAAGGCCUGGGCAAUGUAUGUUGAUAAUAACCGAAGCUGGUUUAUGCAUAACAACUCUCACACUAACAGAACUGAGGGAGGCAUUGCAAAAGGAGUCACGGUUGGAGUGCUGCUGGACUUCAACAGACGAACACUUACCUUUUCUAUUAACGAUGAACAACAGGGACCAGUUGCCUUUGAAGGUUUGGAAGGCCUCUUCUUCCCAGCAGUAAGCCUGAAUAGAAAUGUACAGGUAACACUCCAUACUGGUUUGAAAAUUCCCCACUCGGGUGCUGCCGCUGCUACUCCUGCAUCAAGAGAGCCAUGAACAUCUUAAUUCUGGUCAUUAUGCAAAAACUUGCUUGGGAUCCAAGUGACAGGAAUCCUGUAGACUGCUAAGAUUCUUGCAGGAUUCAACAUCUCUUGAUACAAGUAUGUUAUUGAUGUUAAUGACUAGAAGAAAACCAAAAAUAGUUAAGUACAUUACAGUUGUGACGUACAUGAUUGUUACCGGAACAUGUGGUUACUUUGAUGCUUUGUGCUAACUAAAAUUGUGAAAGCAUUGAUGAAGCUUAAAGUAAUUUAAUGUCAAGUAUUUUUAAUGGUUUUUCUUGUGCUGCUUUCAUUGCUGUGCACAGUUUUAGCUACUGUAAUUAAGAAUUAAGAGAAAGAACAAUGCAUUGCAGUGUAAUUAUGGAAAAAUACUAUAUUUGCAAGCAAUUACAUUGCAAGGUACUCACAGUUGCUAUUAACCUCCAGGAUUUAUCCUGUACUGUUGCCUUUGAAUCUUUAUUUAACACCAUUCCAAAACUGUUGUUUGAAUUAUCAACAGACAAUCUGUCCACUGCCACUUAAAUUCCUGCUCAGAUUGCAACGUUAAGUGCCCAUUUAUCAGGAAAUUCUCAUACACUUUAGCCUAGCUUAUAGAAAACCAACUUUACAAAAUAGUCUAGUGUAUUGAAACAUUAAACCUGAUGGGAUCAUUAUUUCAAUAUUUCUGUAUAUACAGCUUGCAGAAUAUUGAACCAAUAAUAAAAAUGUUUCUCUAACAAGUUAGAUGGACUGCAAUUUAUAAAAAGGACUUGAUUAUUACACAUAUGUAGAAUUGAGCAUACACUUCCUAAAGUAAAGGAAACUCAGACAAUCAGAUAUUAUUUGGGUAGCAGAUGAAUACAAAUCAGAAUUGGUUUUACCUGUCCUUGAGAUGAUAUUUGGAAGGAAAAUUAUUUUAAAACCUUUAAAUUUCACAGACUAAAGAGCUUUGUCAAGUAGGUUGAACUUGUGUAGCUUUUCUCCUAUAAUUUCUAAAACUCAUUUUUUUAAUAUUUCAUCAUGCUGUAGCUUGAAUAGUUUAGCUAAUGAAAUAAAUGUCCACUGCACAGUGAAUACAUAUAUUAUUAGCAUGAAUGCCUAAGUUUAUUUUGCCUCAAAUUCUGCCAUUGAAUUUGACUUUGAAUUGGAUUUCAAAUUUCCCCUUUCAGAAGCAUACUUUCUUUCUUAAGUUCUCUCAGUCUUGUUGCCCAAUGGCUUUCACUCUUUUUACGGAAGUUGUUUCUCACAUGAACUUCCUUCCACUUAAAACAAUUAAAUAGAUAUCUAAGUGAUAUCUAAGUUAGUAUAGAUUAACCAUUCAAAAGUACGUGCCAGAAAUGCAUCCCUUAUUUGGUAGUUCUAUAAAAGAACACAUAGUAACCAUUCUACUUCCGAAGUUUAGUUUCAUUUUUUCCCAAUUUCAGAGGCAGGAGAGAAUGUAUAGCCUUAGGUUCCGCUGGAACAGAGUUUUGGAAGUUGACUAAAUCACACAAAUGCUAAUACUAUUACAUUAUGCUUUAAGCGGUAUUGACCAUAGAUAAAUUUCUGGACAUAUUUUUCUAAAGCAAUAAUUUUAGGUGUACAUCAGAUGCCUGUUAUUUGUUAACUAAUAUAUAUAAUAAAAUUAAAGUUAUAAUGUGCAGAGGUUAUAAUAUAAACCAUUGAUUAUAUUUCUGUCAAAUGGGAUUUUCAGUACUUCAUGUACACAACUGGAAUUGUUCAAAUCUAUCAUUAGAAUACUUGUCAUUGCUGACCAUCCCUGCACCCUCUUCUGCAUAAAUUGAAUGUUUCUACCCAAAUAAUUUAAAUCGUGGGUUCAGAUAGUACCCAGCUUCAGAAUGGUCAUUCUCCUAGUUAAAUCAACUGAAAGUGUUGUUUGGGUCCUAUGGAAUAGAUAUUUGGAAGCUGACUACCUUGUUCAGCUGUCAUUGCUCUUGCAUAAUGUUCAGCAAAACACAGAAAUUGUUAAAUAUUCGAAGUGCAGGCUAAUCUGCACAGCAAUUUGCUUUCAGAGAAAAAAAAACUGUUUAGCAACUCAUCUGCUCAGGAAAUUACAAAUUCUUAAUAUUAUUAAGUAACACAAAGAUAGAAACCAAACUUAUUGGUAAUUCAAACAACCAGGCAUCACUUUAAAAGGACAAUGCAACACUGUGUUUAACCUUAAAAACCUUAAUUUUGAUUCUACAUCAGAAGUCUUGUAUCAAAGUGCUGAUAACAUAUGCAUGCCGCAUGUUAGAAUUCUAAACAGCUAAUUAACUAUUUUGAAGGAUUUCUAGACCAUCGAGACAAAGGUGUAAUGAGUUUAGUUGCUAAGAUCCUUUUUGUGCCAAUCUAGUAGAAGAGGAAUUAAGAUGAUGGGAUUGUAGCAUCAUACCUUUUAAAAGCAGGAAUAAUUAAAAUGAAAGGAAAACAUUAAACUUUAGUGUUUUGAUCUGGUUUGACUUAACAUUUGUUCAUAACUGUAUAAUCUGAAUAUUUAUCUUCCCAGUACAUUUUUACUGGGGUUCAUCUAAGUUUAUCAUUAUAAAUCAUGAACACUGUUGCGGAGCAACAAGUCUGUAUUUUGGCAAUUUGGCUGGACCACAAAUUUCUCAUUUUUCACAGUUUUGAAAUUGGUGACCAACAUGGUGCUUAUCAAGCUUACUAGAUUUGUAGUAUAUUGUAAUAUGAGCCCAUGACCAUACAGCAAGCUGAUUAUAUUGUUUACUGUUAUCAAUAAUGACAAA